AUGGGUUCUCUUCCUCAUGUAGUUGAAGAUUGCUUUGGUCUCUUGAAGCUCUAUAGUGAUGGCUCUAUUUCACGCUCAACCAACAUAAACUUAAACAUCCCUAUCGUUGAUGAUGGCUCCGUUCUUUGGAAAGACUACCUGUUUGACAAGCACCACAAUCUUCACCUACGCCUUUACAAGCCCACAUUGGCUUCAUUCACCAAGCUUCCUGUCUUAUAUUACAUUCAUGGCGGCGGUUUCUGCUUCGGGUCACGUAAUUUUCCCAACUUCCACAACAUAUGUCACCGCCUUGCAUCCGGGCUUGGAGUCCUUGUAGUCGCACCGGACUAUAGGCUUGCGCCAGAGCAUAGGCUUCCGGCAGCCAUAGAUGAUGCAAUGAGUUCUCUAAAAUGGUUACAAACCCUAGCCAUGCAUGGCGGCAUUGGUUGUGAUACGUGGUUGGGUGAUGGGGUUGUGGACUUUGAUAGGGUUUUUGUAAUGGGUGACUCUUCUGGUGGGAACGUGGCUCACCAUGUAGCAGUUAGGCUUGGUAUGGGUUUAGUUGAAUUGGAGCCAGUUCGGAUGAGAGGUUAUGUGCUCUUGGCUCCAUUUUUUGGUGGGAGUGUGAAGACUAGGUCCGAGGAAGAGAGGCCAUGUGAAGUAUUUUGGAAUUUGGACAUGUAUAACAGGUUUUGGAGGUUGUCUCUUCCAAUUGGAGGCGCUAAAGACCACCCCUUGAUGAAUCCAUUUGGUCCAUCUAGUCCCAAGCUAGCAGAAGUGAACCUGAAUCCAAUGUUGGUGGUGGUAGGCAGCGAUGAAAUUUUGAAAGACAGGGUCGAGGACUAUGCAAAAAAGUUGAAGGAGUUGGGAAAGAAAAUUGAGUACGUAGAGUUUGAAGGAAAGCAACAUGGUUUCUUCACGGAUCAUCCAUUUUCAGAAGUGGCAGAGAGAGUGAUACAAAUUAUCAAAGGUUUCGUGGCUGAAAAUUCCGAUUAA